GCGCGCAACACGCUCAGGGACGGGAUGGCGGCGGCGGCGGCUGGAAGCGGGAUAACCCGAGAGGAGGAGGGGCCUGGUGGUGAGGCAGCUGCCCCACAGCCCCAAGCCCCCACGAAUACGUCGGGGACUCGUCUUUCAAGGUUGCCUCUAGCACGAGUGAAGGCCCUGGUGAAGGCAGACCCUGACGUGACGCUCGCGGGACAGGAAGCCAUCUUCAUUCUGGCGCGAGCCGCGGAACUGUUUGUGGAAACCAUUGCAAAAGAUGCCUAUUGCUGUGCUCAACAGGGAAAGAGGAAAACCCUACAGAGGAGAGAUUUGGAUAAUGCAAUAGAAGCUGUGGAUGAAUUUGCUUUUCUGGAAGGUGAGUUUGCUAUCAGUGGGUAA